AUGGAACCUGGACCAGUGAUUGGAGGAGACGCUGGCAUAAGUCCCGCUAUAACAGGUGCUAAUGGAAUGCAGCAGGAAAUGGAAGAGCCUGGACCACUGAUUGGAGGAGAAGCUGGCAUAAGUCCACUGAUCAAAGGAAAUGCCGGUAUAAGACCAACAAUGAGAGGUCCGAGUCUGGUAGUUGGGGGAAAUGCUGGUAUAAGACCGCGCUAA